AUGAUUGGAGUCUGGACAAGCCCAGCUGAACCUCACACUGUGGAGCCUAAGAAGCCCACCCCUGCUGAGGAUUCCCUCUGUAUUGGACCAGUGACUGAAUUUAGCAGCAGGGAAAGUGGACAUAUAAAGAAUAGCUUGGCCUCUGCUGUGACCUUUAACUCUCCACUACCAAGCCCCAUUGCUUCUAGCAGCAUGGAUGUAGACUCAGAAAUGGCGUUAGGAUUAUCUCUCUGGACAGACAGCUCCUCAUCACAAGUAGAAGUCAGUUUUCCUUAUCUCUUUUCCACCACAGGAGAUGGACCCUCCCUGGGAACAGAACCUCACAAUCCCAUCCACGAAUCUCUGAGCCCAUGGCCAGGCUCCUUUCCUGCCUUAAGUACUCCCACAGCCUGCACAAGAACAGCUUCCCUUGAAACUGCUACUUCAUUGGAGGACCCAGGGCCAGCCAGCCUGACUCCAGAGACUGAGAGAAACCCACAGGCAACACCAACUCCAGUUAUCACCCUGCCUCCAGCCAGCACACAGGAAGUUUGCACAAUAGCAUCUCCCAGUCCUUCUGACACAACCACAGAGGGCAACAGUGUCAAGUCAGGGACAACCUCUGUUUCUGAUCAAGUGCCUUCCACUUCCAGCCUCUUCCCAAGUAGUGAUGCUGGUGUGGUGCCAGCCACACAUGCCCAAGGCCAUGAAGCACCAGGAAGCACAGGAGCACUGAUGAGGAGCCCCCUGACAUCUAUGUGUUCUAUUAUGCCCACAGAAUUAAGCACAAGUCUGGCUUCCAGUAUGAACAUUUUUGACACCUAUUUGCCUGAUGAUACCAUUGCCCCAUCGGAUGACUCUUCAGAGUCCACAGUGACUUCAGUAUCACAACCCUCAUACUACAAGAUUUUCACUCUCGACUUCACCAUCACCAACAUGUUGUACAAGCCAGAGAUGGGCGAAAGUGGUUCCAGCACAUUCGAGGCCACUGAGCAUGUCCUGAAGAACCUGCUUAAGGUAUUGUUUGAAAGGAGCAGCCUUGGCUCUCAGUAUUCUGGAUGCAGUGUGAUCUCAUUGAGGUCUCGAAAUAAUGGGACAGCAACAGGAGUGGAUGUGUAUUGCAUUCUUAAGGAAGUCUCUGCCAGCGCUGUCCUGGAAAAAGAGAAAGUUUACUGGGAGUUGACUGAACAGCUCUUUAGAAGAAAGCUAAGCCACUUGAUUAUAGACAAAGACAGCCUCAGUGUGGAUGGGUAUAAUCGUAAGAUGACACUCUUCAGAUCCAGGAAGGGUUUGUUUAAACCUAAUAUCCACAAGGACAUGAAGCAGGAAAUGGAGAGGGCAGGAGAGACAAAGUCCCAAGUAUCAGCAGCAGGGAGCUCCAACUUGAAGACCUUCACCCUCAAUUUCACCAUCACCAACAUGUUUUACACAACAACGAUGAGUCAAAGGCGUUCCAACACAUUCCGUGCUACUGAAUUUAUCCUGCAGCACCUGUUCAAGGUAUUGUUUGAAAGAAGCAGCCUUGGCUCUCAGUAUUCUGGAUGCAGUGUGACCUUGCUGAGGUCUAUGAAUAAUGGGAAAGCAACAGGAGUGGAGGUUAUAUGUUGUUAUCAGGAAGUUUUAUCCAUCCCUGUCUUGGACAAAAAGAAGAUUUACCAAGAGCUGAGUCAACAGACUAAUGGAAUAACAAAGUUGGGAUCUUAUAUUCUAGAUAAUGAAAGCCUCUAUGUGGACGGGUAUAACCCCCAGAUGCCAACCCUCUCCACAAACAGGCCCAGUGCAGAAAGCAAGGGCAGGAUAAGGACCACAGAUAGAGAGCCAGAGACCAUAAUGACUACAACUUGUAGCCCUGCAGUAAGAACACACGCUGUUCUGGCAACAACAACAACCCCAACCACUAUGUCUGGUAUUUCUGGUUUGGAAAAAAUCACUGUGCCUGCUUCCUCUGCCUUGCCAGAGACUAUGGUAGCACCAACUGCCUGGUCUGGAGUGGAGAUGAGCCCAUCUGAAACUAUGCUCAUUGCAGAGAUCUCAACCACCCUACCUGGGGAUGGGACAGGAGAAGGUGUUCCUUCCUACCCAGCUACCGUUGACCCCACAGCAUCAACCACAUUCUUCUCCUGGACCAAUGUGCCUCCAGCAGGGUCUAUAAGCUCCUCAGCCACAAGUCUUUCCAGUGUCAGUAGAGAAGAUCCAAAGCCAAUUCUCUCUCUGGACACAUCUGCUUCAGAGAUCACAUCCAUGGCUACUGCAAGGGAAGGGCUGGCCCUAACUGAGUCCACAGCCACAAUGGAAAUCAGUCGAGGAGCUGAGGCUGAGAUUCUGUCCACAAGUGGUUUGCCCAACAUCUCAGCUUCCCCUCUCAUUCCCAAAGAUAAAAUAUCCACCUGGGCUACCAUGACCACUAUUGCAGACACUGCAUCAGAGAGCCCCUACUUGAAGGUUUUCAACCUCAAAUUCACCAUCCUCAACCUGUUCUACACAACAGACAUGGGUCAAAGGGGCUCCAGCAAAUUCAACUCCAUUGAGGAUAUCCUGCAACCUCUGAUCAACAACUUGUUUAGAAAAAGCAGCUUUGGCCCUCACUAUUUUGGAUGCAGGCUGACUUUGUUAAGGUGA